CUUUGACCACCUUGCUCGUCAGGUUCCUUCAAGAAUGACCGACGCAGUACAGACGUGGAAGGCCCAGCUGGUGGAAUGUGACCCAACGUCCGAUCAAUGGAAGGAAGCAGCGCAACAUAUGCGUGAAUAUGCGGCCGAUUUUGUCAACGGUCUAAAGCGACGUCCGAACAGUAGAGCUGUGGACGAAGUCCGGGCACUCAUUCCCGACGAUCUCCGCGAGGAGCUGGAGGCGCUGCCCGUGGCCCAAUUCGCGCUUGGCCUGAUAUUCUAUCGACCAUUUCAAGACUACAACCGCGUUUACCGACAUUUCUCCCACGAGUAUGCCAAGGAAUUGUCGAUGCAAGCGCGAAAAGAUUUCAGCGAAUUCGACACGACGAGCUUCGUGUACGGCGAGAUCUCGUUUUUCCCAUUUGCCGACAUUCUGGAUUCCAUUUCCGCCGACAUCCCAGUCGGCAACGGUGUCUUUUACGACUUGGGAUCGGGCGUCGGCAAAGCCGUGAUGGCGGCGGCGUUGGUUCACAAGUUCCACAAAGCGAUUGGGAUCGAGCAACUAAAGCCAUUGGUGGACUUUUCCCAUGCACGAGUGGACAGGCUCAUGGAAACGAACGACGUCGCAGGGCAAACGAUAUCGUACCUUUGCGGGAGUUUCUUUGACCACAAGUGGAGCGACGGUGACGUGGUGUUUUGCCACAGCACGUGCUUUUCGCCAAGGUACGUUUUUGUUAUUAGUUUGCCAAUGGUUGGAUGUUUGGACACGAAAGAUAUGAUGGAUAGCAUGUGGGAGCGCAUUUCGAAAGACGCGGAACAGCUCAAGCAAGGCGCGUACUUCAUUUCUGUGUCGCACAUCCUUGCGUCGCCGUUGUUUGAAGUACUUCGCACGCUGACGGUGCAGAUGGGUUGGGGCAACUGCACUGUGUACAUUCAACGGCGUCGCCGCAUUGGACGGUGGGCGAGCAAGAUGCUCAAGGGAAGUGCCACGCGCACGGACUUGCAGCGACCCAACACCAAGCAGAGCGAGCUUCGAGAAUAGGAUCAAUGCAGUAUAUAAUUUGAGUACUAUGCAUUUGUUGAUGGUAACAUCACAGAGCAUUAACAUGGAAACGGCUUGAAAUGCAUGGCUUAUACUGU